UCAAAGGCGAACUCACAAAUCCAAGCUGCAAUGGAAAGCUGCAUAUAGUUGCCAACAAUAAUCAACCAGUUCCAUUCUCGUUCGCCGUAGAGAAGAAAGACGAAGAUAUCGAUUCUCCGCCAUCCGAUGGGUCUCCGUUACUGAAGCUAACCCAGAACUCACACCAUCCAUCCUUCUUACCACACAUUACUCACGUAUGACAGGUUCCGGGCUGGGUGUGUGUAGUGAAGGUGUGGACGUAGCGAUAACGAUAAGCUUUCGUCUCUCCUGACCGACUGAUGUACGGUGAUAAAAACAUUAGAAAUGCUACGCGUAGAUAAGAUUAAAACCUACCAUGCCCAGUCAUAUACGACCAGCCAUCGCAACACGACGGAUCGUCGCGAGUGAGACGGUAAAACCAGUUACCAGUUUUGGCUUGGAAGGGUCUCUUUUAAUACCGGUAAAAACGAACUAGCCACAGUUCGAUUUGUUACUUGCAAGAAGCGACUGCCACUGUACGUGUGUGCGAUGAGUGAAGAAAACGUAGAAACGACCAGCACACCACCGGGUACCGCCGUCUGUGAAGCGAAGAUUCUAUUUCGCCAGCUGAAACCAUUCCCGGUGAUCGAUGAGAAUAACAAUUUUAAAAUUGAAACCGAACAUUUUCUCGAAUCGUCCAAUCAAAUCAUCGAUGCUAUCGCAUGUUUCGGAAAGCUGUUCUCUCCCAUCGUUCGAGAUAUGCGGCAAAAUGUGCAGAAAAUAACGGCCAAAUACAAACAGAACGAAACACUGUUCAAGUACCUGGAGGAUUUAAUUCUUAAGGACAAGGAUGGUAACGAUAAUCCGUUUGACAUUGUGACGGAUGGUUUAAUGUGGCUGAAAAGAGCUUUUGAAAUGAUGGAACAAUUCUUUCGCAAUCUGCUCGAGGACGAGACGCGCAGCGAACAGGUGAAGUCGCACCUUAAAAAGGCGUACGAAGAAUGUUUGCUGCCGUAUCAUGGGUUUUUGGCACAGAAAGCAUAUCAGUUACUACAAUUAUAUUUACCAUCGCGAUCAUCACUUCUCGGCACUUCGGACUCCAAUAUGGAUAAUUUAAAGGCGUUAGAGGAAUUUUUGGUACCUUUUCGUGCCAAUCUAAAGCAUCUUAAUGAUUUCUACACCCAACAUGACUUACAUAGAGACUACAAAGCAUAG